UAUCGCAACCUGAAUAUCAACAUGACAACGUCUUCACGACAACUCUGGCCCAACGACACCCAGUGUGACAGGCUGACGGUGAGGCCUGGCCGAGGCAUCAGCCCGACGUGGCUCCUCUCCUUCCCUCGCUCUGGCAACACCUGGACCCGUUAUCUGGUAGAGGCUGCCACGGGGGUCUUCACGACGUCAGUUUAUCACGAAAAGUUGCUCGUUCGACUCGGAUUCCUAGGCGAACGGGAGGCUAUUGACGCAGGAACCACACUCUUGCAGAAGACCCACGACGCUCAAUGGAUCAAGAAUACCUCCCAGCCUGUCAUCCUGCUGAUCCGGGACCCUCACAGAGCCAUCAUCUCGUUCUGGAGUUGGAUGCAGCUAAGCGGGAAUCCUGACCAGUAUAAAGCAUCCGUUUCCGCAGUUAGAUACAAAACACCUGGAUUCCACUUAUUCGUCUGGUCCAAAACGCUGGAGUGGAGCCGCAUGAUCGCCAAAGCCGCAGAGAAAUACGAAAACCUAACGACCCUGUAUUACGAGGACCUUCUGAAGGACCCGCUGAAGGAACUCCGGAGGAUCCUUCACAUCCUGAGGGUCGAGCCGGACGAAGAGCGACUCGCGUGCUUGGCCAGGCAUCUCGAAGGACCGUUUAAGGGCGCAAAGAAAGUCCAUGAUCCGUAUAGCAUCUUCGAAAAGAAAAUCCUCAGGUCGGCGAUUGUAUCCGCGUCAAAAGCCCUCGAGGAGAGAGGAUACGCUCCUUUACCUGAUUAUAAGCUGUGAUAUUUUAUAGUUCUAUUUUAUUAUUAUUAUAGUUUAAAAAAUCUUCAAAGUAUUAAAAACAAAGGAAAUAUAUUUAUUUUAAUGUAUAUAUUUUUCAUGUUGAGAUUGGCCGUUGCAUUUAUACUUCGCCGCAUGAAUACUAGACUCUUUAACACACAAAUAAAUCUAAAUCUACUGUAUAUAUGUUGCACAUAUACAUACAUUCUCUAAAAUAAAUGCAUAAAUAUAUAUGAUACAUAAACACACAAUAUAUACCAAUAUAUAUACUUUUUUACAUUUACUAUCGGAACUAUUUUGUUGGCUGUAUUCGAUAAUAGAUCAAUGAAAAUCGCUUUAUAUCUACACCACACUGAUAAUCUUCAUAGAAUACUGGAUUUUUACUCGAAAAAUAAGAAAUUUAUACGAAUGAUUGGUAUAAUGAUCCUUUGCUUAUUUUUACA